GUCACCGGCCCUAGAAAGAUGGCGUCGCGAGGCCCGUCUGCGCAUGUGCGGGUCGUGAGGGAGCGCGACUCCCGGCAACGGCCAAGAUGUCGGCGCAGGGGGACUGCGAGUUCCUGGUGAAGCGGGCGCGGGAGCUGGUCCAGGGGGACCUGUGGGCGGCCAAGGCCUGGCUUAUCACCGCGCGGAGCCUCUACCCCGCCGACUUCAACAUCCAGGUCGGUGAGGGCGCGCCAGGCUCCGUGCGGCCUUCCCUUAACGGCUGCUUUUUCCCGUGCGCUGCCCCACAAUGCUUUGCGCGCCCCAAGCCCCGCUCCCUUCUUUCGCUGCUGUUCCGCGGGCUCAGCGCCAUAGAGAUAGGAACGCUUAGCACAGCGCGGUUCCUUUACUUAUUUGGGGACAGCGCUUCCGACUUACCAUGUUUUCUUUUCCCUAUUUUUUUUUAUUUUUGCCUGCUUGUUUAAAGAGCUUCAAAGAUGGGAAAGCUGCUCUUCGGAGGCUGUGAAGAAAUCUAGGCUUCUGCCAUGCGAGUCGUUGGGUAGCAAGAGCGCCCACCCUCAAUAGCAGAAGCCAGUAACAGUUAUCGUUAUUAUUUAUUGAAUUUGUUCACUGCUUUAUUCUGCCCUGGGCAGCCCAGAGUGGCUCACAGCCAAGCAACCUCCCCCCUCCUCCGCCAAAUGUUGUUGUUGUUGUUUAGUCGUUUUGUCGUGUCCGACUCUUCAUGACCCCAUGGACCAGAGCACACCAGGCACUCCUGCCUUCCACUGCCUCCCACAGUUUGGUCAAACUCAUGCUGGUAGCUUUGAGAACACUAUCCAACCAUCUCGUCCUCUGUCGUCCCCUUCUCCUUGUGCCCUCCAUCUUUCCCAACAUCAGGGUCUUUUCCAGGGAGUCUUCUCUUCUCAUGAGGUGGCCAAAGUAUUGGAGCCUCAGCUUCAGGAUCUGUCCUUCCAGUGAGCGCUCAGGGCUGAUUUCCUUAAGAAUGGAGAGGUUUGUUCUUCUUGCAGUCCAUGGGACUCUCAAGAGUCACCUCCAGCACCAUAAUUCAAAAGCAUCCAUUCUUCUGCGAUCAGCCUUCCUUAUGGUCCAGCUCUCACUUCCAUACAUCACUACUGGGAAAACCAUAGCUUUAACUAUACGGACCUUUGUCGGCAAGGUGAUGUCUCUGCUUUUUAAGAUGCUGACAUCUAUGGUACCCUUAUGCUUUUAAGGUUUUGCUGCUGGUUCUGAAACUGUACCAGGAUGUGCAGAAGAGAAACCAUCACAGUUUAUCCCAAUGACUGACACAAAGCUCACUAUGUGAUCUUGGGCUGGUCACUCUCUCUCAGUCUAAUCCACCUCAGGAGUGGAGUCCCUAUGGUGGUUGGAUGGCGCCUUUUACGCCUCCUUCCGUCAACUCCUGCAGCCAAGCUGGUGCCAAACGUUUUGCUCUGCUUUCCUUUGGACCCCAUCAGUGAGGCCAAGAGAGGGGUCUUGUCAUCUGGGCAGCCCAGGACCUCCAGACACACUGCCCAGGCAUGCGCCCUGGGGAGAUCACUUCUGUUCAGCUAAUGUAGCAGAAACAAUGUUGUUGUUUAGUCGUGUCCGACUCUUCGUGACCCCAUGGACCAGAGCACGCCAGGCACUCCUGUCUUCCACUGCCUCCCGCAGUUUGGUCAAACUCAUGCUGGUAGCUUCAAGAACACUGUCCAACCAUCUCGUCCUCUGUCAUCCCCUUCUCCUUGUGCCCUCCAUCUUUCCCAACAUCAGGGUCUUUUCCAGGGAGUCUUCUCUUCUCAUGAGGUGGCCAAAGUCUUGGAGCCUCAGCUUCAGGAUCUGUCCUUCCAGUGAGCACUGAAGUCCAUGGGACUCUCCAGAGUCUCCUCCAGCACCAUAAUUCAAAAGCAUCAAUUCUUCGGCGAUCAGCCUUCUUUAUGGUCCAGCUCUCACUUCCAUACAUCACUACUGGGAAAACCAUGGCUUUAACUAUACGGACCUUUGUUGGCAAGGUGAUGUCUCUACUUUUUAAGAUGCUGUCUAGGUUUGUCAUUGCUUUUCUCCCAAGAAGCAGGCUUCUUUUAAUUUCGUGGCUGCUGUCACCAUCUACAGUGAUCAUGGAGCCCAAGAAAGGAAAGUAAAAUCUCUCACUGCCUCCAUUUCUUCCCCUUCUAUUUGCCACCCUCAAUAGCAGAAGCCAAUAGCAGUUAUCGUGCCUGGAGGUGGUUGGAGGAUGGAUGGCAGCUAACGGAUUGAGGUUGAAUCCUGACAAGACAGAAAUACUGUUUUCGGGUGACAGGGGGCAGGCAGGUGUGGGGGACUCCCUGGUCCUGAAUGGGGCAACUGUGCCCCUGAAAGACCAGGUGUGCAACCUGGGAGUCAUUCUGGACUCACAGCUGUCCAUGGAGGCGCAGGUCAAUUCUGUGUCCAGACCGGCUGUCUACCAGCUCCACCUGGUAUGCAGGCUGAGACCCAACCUGCCCGUGGACUGUCUCGCCAGAGUGGUGCAUGCUCUGGUUAUCUCCCGCUUGGACUACUGGAAUGCGCUCUAUGUGGGGCUACCUUUGAAGGUGACCCGGAAACUACAACUAAUCCAGAAUGCGGCAGCUAGACUGGUGACUGGGAGCGGCCGCCAAGACCACAUAACACCGGUCUUGAAAGAGCUACAUUGGCUCCCAGUACGUUUCUGAGCACAAUUCAAAGUCUUGGUGUUGACCUUUAAAGCCCUAAACGGCCUCGGCCCAGUAUACCUGAAGGAGCACCUCCACCUCCAUCGUUCUGCCCGGACGCUGAGGUCCAGCUGUGAGGGCCUUCUGGCAGUUCUCUCACUGUGAGAAGUGAGGUUACAGGGAACCAGGCAGAGGGCCUUCUCGGUAGUGGCACCCGCCCUGUGGAACGCCCUCCCAUCAGAUGUCAAAGAGAUAAACAACUACCUGACAUUUAGAAGACAUCUUAAGGCAGCCCUGUUCAGGGAAAUUUUUAAUGUGUGACACCUUAGUGUAUUUUUGGUCUUUGUGGAAGCCACCCAGAGUGGCUGGGGAACAAAUAAAUUAUUAUUAUUAUUAUUAUUAUUAUUAUUUGAAUUUGUUCACUGCUUUAUUCUGCCCUGGGCAGCACAGAGUGGCUCACAGCCAAGCAACCUCCCCCAUCCCCCGCCACGUAGAUACCUUAAAACCAUGGGUUGGGAAAGAAAUACAUUAGAAUAAUAAUUUAAUAAUAAUAAUUUAUUAUUUGUACCCCGCCCAUCUGGCUGGGUUUCCCCAGCCACUCUGGGCAGCUUCCAACAAAGAUUAAAAAUACAUUAAAAAAUACAUUAGAAACACCCCAGGCUCUUCUAAAAGGCCAUAGAUUGUUUUAACUAGCCAAAGGGCUGUCUUUGUUUUAAGGCUUUCAUCAGGUAAAGGUUUUUGAUGGAUUGGAAUGCUUGUUCGCUUCUUUAUGUUUUCGUUGAUCCUAAUAUACUAGCGUUACCAGAUUUUUUUUUCAAUGAAUCUGGGGACACUUUUCAACUUCCUACUAAAUAGAUGGAUUUUGUCAGGGGACUGAUUUGUAAAUCCGGGGACAUUCUGGUAACCUUAUUAAAUAUACCCCACUGCAAAAGUGUAGGAAGUAGUACAGUACUAUAAUAGGAUAUACACAUACCUCAAGUGAACUCAUCUGGUUUAUGUUCUAGUGCCUAAUGCUCUAAAUUGCCUGAAAUUAUCACACUGCAAUGUUGAGAACAGGCAGCGGUGUAAACAUGCUCCAAACAAAACACACUUCACAUUUUGGUAAAGAUAGAUUUAGAUGCAAUACUCCCAUCAACUUACGUUUUUCAACCCCUACUCUCCAAUCUCUACAUUAAAUUACUCUCUACUCUACAUUAAAUGCACAGGCUCUUUGCUUUCAAACCUCUCAGAGUUCUAAAUGGAGAUCCCAAACAAAUAGGAAAAGGGUUUUUUCUGCCUGUGUCUCUGCCUGCCUUUUAAAAAACGCAUGUGUGUGUGAGAGAGAGAGUGCAUGUGCUUGGAUGUUUCUGCCCUCCUCAUUUUUUGCUGUGGUAAGGUAGAAAGAUGUGAUAUUGAGAAGUUUGAUGGAAGGUGUUCUGUAUGGCUCAUCUUCUGCCCUUGUUUUUUCAGUAUGAGAUGUACACUAUUGAACGGAAUGCAGAACGUACAGCAUCAGCAGGCAGAUUGCUAUAUGACAUGUAAGAUGCUUUCCAAUUUUUUUCCCCUAAUUGUCUGUAAACCACUCUACUUAAAAUUGUACUGCUUUAUGGCAGUGUUUCUCAAAGCUGGGUCUCCAGCUGUUGUUGGACUACAACUCCCAUCAAUCCCUGACCACUGGUCCUGCUAGCUAGGGAUGGUGGGAAUUGUAGUCCAACAGCAUCUGGGGAGCCAAGUUUGAGAAUCACCAGUUAUAAGGCAUGAUAGGAAAAGUUACAGAAAAUAAACAACCUCAGUUGGGGGUUGAUAAAAUUAUGUAUGGUGUGACAGAAGUGGAUAGAUUUUCUUAAUCUAUACUGGAACUUGUGGUCACCCAGUGAAACUGAUCAGGAUGGACAAAAAAGAGUACUUGUUCAAAUGGAAUCUGCUGCCCCAGGAUGUGGCAGUAAGUAUAAAAAGUUUAGAUAUAGUCAUAGAAGUCCAUAGGUCUAUAGCUACAGUAGCUAAAAAGAACCUCUAGCUUCAAAGCUAGUGUACCACAUUUGAGGGCAAAUAGUUAUGCAGGGAUAUUACCCUGCGUUUGGUCUUCCUGGAAGCAUUUAGCUGGCAAUUGUUAGAUUCAGAAAAGAGGAGACCUGCUUUAGUUCCUAGAAGAAACAAGAAACACUUUCAUUUUAAGUAGUGUGGCUUUCCUAGUAAAAAUUCUGUUCUUGAAUGAUUACAAAUAUAAAUAAUUCCAAACUUUUUUCAAUUCUUUAUUUCAGGUUUGUUAAUUUCCCAGACCAACCAGUGGUGUGGCGGGAGAUUAGUGUCAUUACAGCAGCCUUAAGGAACGAUUCGCAGGACAAGCAAACUCAGUUUUUAAGAGGUAUGCCUUUCUUCCACUGAAUCCCUUGCAAAACAGUUGACUUGAUGAUGAUCAGUGCUGCAAUGUAUCUGAAGGCUUUUGAGGAACGUUCCUCCAGUAGCUUUUCUCCAGUUUCUCCCAGCCAACAAAUUACUUGGCUUCUAGGAAAGAGUCUUGCAGUGGUCUCCACUCAAACCUUUAUUAUUUUAAAUUCUCUCUUCUUAGCCAUAUCCCAGGUUGUUUGCUUCAUUGCCAUCUUCCCUCCUACAGGUUUAUUUGAAACCCUUCCAGGUCGAGUUCAGUGUGAAAUGUUACUGAAAGCCACAGAGCAGUGCUUUAAUACGUUGGAACGGGCAGAAAUGUUGCUUCUGCUUUUGCGACGUUUCCCUGAGACUGUGGUUCAACAUGGGGUAAGAGAGUGGUGUUUCUUCAUAUUUCAAAUACUUUUUUGUUCUUGUUCAUUCUCAUGCCUGACUGCAGAUUGGUAGAAAUAAAAAAAGUGGCAGGACAUUUUUGGGGGACUGUGUGAUCUUUGUGCUACAACUCCAUGCUAAAAUUAAUCAGAAUAGCAAAGCAGUCAGUGGGUGUAGAAGAACAACUUUUGCCAAUGCUAAUUUAAGACGCUCAGAAAUACAAAACAUGUUGAUUUAUGAAUAUUUAGAGUUUUAAAACCCUCCACUUUCUCAGCUUUGUAUUGCUGCUAAUAAAAUACAGUAGUGCAGGUGUAAACUGUAAAUUGUUCAGGAAGAGGUAAGGCAGGAAGCAAUUACUUUUCAUUGUUCAGUAUGGUUCUGGGGAACAAAAUCUUGAACUAAUAGAUUUUAAAUUUUAUUUUAACUUUACAAAGGUGGGCCUUGGGGAAACAUUAUUAGACGCAGAAAAUAUUGAAGACCAAGAAUCACCUGUCAAUUGUUUUAGAAAAUUAUUUGGUAAGUAAAAUAGUACUUAAAUGACAGGACUUGACGCUAUUUUUAAUAAAUGGAUAUUUUUACUGUCUUGCUCAUCAUAACCCAUGUAUAGUAAGAAUAAAAAACUGGAUAAAUCCUUGAGAGAUUAUCCUUGUUGGGAAAAAACUUCCAGCUUUAUUGCUGUUUAUCUGACUCCACCUGACUUGCGUUACUCUUUUUGCAAUAUUAAAUGUGCAAGUGAGACUAAACUUACGAGGGGGUUAUGUCCUGGGGAUAGUGCAAUACAGCCAAAAUCCCAUAUAAUCAAAACACAUUGGGUGCGAUGUCGGGUGGGAUUGCCAAAGUCUUUUUUUCUGGGCGCCUGCCAAGUGCAUAAAGUUGAAUGCUCACAAGUUUAAUGUUGUGAGCGACCUGUAUAAUAGAAAAGUUGUAUUCUGGUUCAUACUGUGGCUCUGAGAUCCAAUAUUCAAUAAAAGGGGACCUAUCUACAGUAGGCCUGCAACUGUCCCUCGCUGCCCCACAAACUGGCAGAAACAUUAUUUCUUGGGGAUGGGGAGAAACUACAGCAUUGCAAUUGUAAGGGAUUUUCUGAAGUUUGAAAAUGCACCAAGAGGUAAUAGCUCCUCUCAAAAGUCAGGCCUAUCAAAUCUGUCAAACCUCCACUGUUGAUUUAGAUUCCGUAAAGGUAAAGGGACCCCUGACCAUUAGGUCCAGUCAUGACCGACUCUGGGGUUGCGGCGUUCAUCUUGCUUUAUUGACCGAGGGAGCCAGCGUACAGCUUCCGGGUCAUGUGGCCAGCAGGACUAAGCCGAGCAGUGCACGGAAACGCCGUUUACCUUCCCGCCGGAGUGGUAUCUAUUUAUCUACUUGCACUUUGACGUGCUUUCGAACUGCUAGGUUGGCAGGAGCGGGGGCCGAGCAACGGGAACUCACCCCGUCGGAGGGAUUCGAACCGCCGACGUUCUGAUCGGCAAGUCCUAGGCUCUGUGGUUUAACCCACAGCGCCACCCGCGUCCCUUAGGUUCCGUAGAGGUAUUAAUAAUGUAAUAGGUUUAAUUGCAUGGCAGAACCUUAUAUAAAGUACUUCAGUAGAGUUUCUUCUGGUGUAGGGAUGGGGAACUGUUGCCUCCUCCCAUGGGGGGGGGCGUAUUUCAUUGAUUUAUUAGGGGGAUGACUUUUUUGAAUGGCUUUCAGUGGAGUGCUUACCACGGUAGUAGUUUUCAUCUCUAAAAUAAAAACAACUAGGGAGAAAUGUUUAUUUGCUGGACUGCUGCCCCCAUCAUGCUUGACCACUGGCCAUGCUGGCUGAAAUUGAUGGAAGUUGUGAAGUUCAGCGAUAUUUGGAGAGCCACAGGUUCCCCAUACUGCUUUUAGAAGAUGACAUGUAUCUUUGAAAUCUAUUGCCUAAUUUAAUAAGCUAUUGGUCCAACCUGUUGUUAACAGGGCCUUGUUUUAGAGGAGUCUCAGAGCAGCUUGUCACUCACUUUGCUUGGUUAAAUUGCAUUGUCAGGACAACUGGAAAUCCUAAAAUACUGUUUUUGGAUCCUUUUUAGUCUGUGAUGUCCUUCCCCUAAUAAUUAACAACCCUGAUGUGCGUCUUCCGGCCAACCUGUUAUACAAGUAUCUGAAUAAAGCAGCAGAGUUUUAUAUUAAUUAUGUGACGAGAUCUGCGCAGACUGAAAAUCAAUACCAAGGUAAAAGCACUGGAGCCAAAUGCACUAGCAAACUAAGGAAUGGAGAUUACUACAUGUCAAAACAGUAUGUGGGAUUUUGUGAGGGAGUGGGGAGUUGGACUGUGAAUUGCUGCGGAGCUCAUCUGUGUCUGGCUGUAGAGGUCUCUAUUUCCUCCCCACACCUUCCCCAAAAUAUUAAAGAAGGCUGAGCUAAUUGACUUGAAGGUAGCUUGGUUUAAGACCAAAAAAAUGCCAUGGGUUCCAUUUCUAGAAUAUUUGUUCGAGUCAGAUUUUGCUUGUAUUUUAGGAUUUUACUUUUGAAUAGAUGCCAUGGGAAAUUUUAACUACCACCUGCUUUGUUAGAACCACAGUCCAUGAUUCUAACAAGAAAAGUUUCUAACAUCCUUGUAAGUACUUGUCACCUAAUCCUACACAAACAGCUAAUACCAGACUUUGUGCAGUCCAGCAGUGCAGCAGCAGAUGACCACAUAGAUCCAUUUAGAAGGAAAUCAGUGAGACAUCACUACCCUAAAGGGUUUAUAUAGUCUAGAAAACGACAGAAGAAGGGAAGGAAAUGGAGGUAGUAAAAAGGAAGAACAUUCUCAGGGGCCUUUCUUCCAUAAGGGGCAAAAAGGACAGAGUUGUUUUCAUGGAGCCCAAGACUUUCUGACAGCUGAAGUUGGUAGAUGGGAUGUGUCAAAAUAUUAGAGGGGAACCAGGCCGUGAAGGAUUUUGAAGGUAGAUAUGAGCAGUUUGUGCAGGAUCCAGGAUCAGUUUUGGAGAUUUGUCCUUUUAUUCAAGUUUGGACUAUAAUAUAUGUGUGUGUUUGCGUAUGGGUGGGUGUGUACGUACACACACAUGCAUAUAAAAAGUGUAAGAGGCAUGGACCUCAGGAUGUUAAGACUGUUGGACUGAUUUUUGGUGAUGAACUAAGGUAUGCGUCUGUUGGUUUCUAGGUACACAGGAUACAUCUGAUCUUGUGUCCCCCAGUAAACGAAGCUCUCAGAAAUACGUAAUAGAGGGCUUAACUGAGAAAUCUUCUCAAAUUACGGAUCCUUGGGAAAGGGUGUUCAAGAUACUGUCCAUAGUGGGAGUAAGGUGUGAAUGGCAGAUGGACAUGGCAAGAAGGUUUGUUGUUGUUACUACAGUAUUAUUAUUAUUAUUAUUAUUAUUAUUAUUAUUAUUAUUUAUUAUUACUUUUACGUUUAAUCAGAAGCAAGUCCCAUUGCGUUUAAUAGCACUUAAUGGCAUGUAAGGGUGUCUAGGAUUGCAGGCUUGAAGGUGAAUGGCUUGAAUUCUAAAAUAAGUUCAGAGAUGGAAAGUUUCCUUUUAUCCUUGCAGUCACCUGAAAAGUCUCUCCAAAGAGCAUGGGUCCUGAAAAAUAGGGACUGGGACAUGCGAGUACAACAGAUAUCUGUGCGAGUUUGGGUGAUUUCUUCCAGUGUCCUGUCCCAUCUUGUUCAAGAGGGUCCUUGACCAUCCACAAUGCUUGUUGAAGGGUGCAGCUGGCUGCAGGAGGGGCGGGCACACUUUCUUUCAGAGAACACAUUAAAAAGAUAGCAUAUUAAAACUACCAGGUUAGAAAGCCUAUUAACUUUGUAUGCUUGUGUCUUCUUCAGAAGCUUUGGUGACACAUUGCUCAAAAUGAAAGAUGUCUGCAGAUACAUCAGUAACUACGAUAACGAAUCUCAUGCAAAAUACAAGACCCAAGUGGUCUAUUCCACAAUGCUGGUCUUCUUCAAGAACGCAUUCCUGUAUGUCAGCAGCAUCCAACCUUCUCUCUUCCAAGGUUAGUUCAUGGACAAGUACUUCGUUAAGAGCAGGGGUAGGUUCACCUGCAGCCCUCCAGAUGAUGUUGGACUCUUUGGUUCCCAUUUGGACCCCCAACUGACAUGGCCAGUGGUCAAGGAUAAUGGGAUUUGUAGUCCAAAACAUCUGGAAGCCCAUAGGUUAGCCCAGCCCAUAGAUGAACCUGUUUGGUUGUAGGUUUUUAUUUCGUUUAAACCAAGAAUCCUGGGAUUCUUUGAAGGUACAGUGGUACCUCUGGUUAAGAACUUAAUUCGUUCUGAAGGUCCAUUCUUAACCUGAAACUGUUCUUAACCUGAAACACCACUUUAGCUAAUGGGGCCUCCUGUUGCCACUGCGCCGCUGCUGCACAAUGUCUGUUCUCAUCCUGAAGCAAAGUUCUUAACCCGAGGUACUAUUUCUGGGUUAGCCGAGUCUGUAACCUGAAGCGUGUGUAACCUGAAGCGUAUGUAACCCGAGGUACCACUGUAUAUCAGGGGCUCCUCAAUGAAAAAGUCAGAAAUGAGCAAGCAUCUUGACAAGAGCCCGUGCAGAUGUGCAUCCCACACGGCACCCACAAUAAGAAUGAAUGCACUGGCUGUGGGGAAGAGUAGAAUAUUCCCCUAGCAAUGGAAUGUUGCUGUUUUGGGUGGUGAGCAAGCGCAGACUUGAGGGGAAACAUGAGGAAGACCGUAGAACAAAUAGCCCUGUGUGCAUGUGAUGUGAUUUGUCUGAAGGCCAAACUCGAUGUGACACUAAACUCAUCAUUAGAAUCCAUCUGUGCUAGGCGACAAUAGAAAUUGUUUUGGGGGCCGAUAGCAUUACCUAGGAGGGAUUUUCAUCAGGACCACAACAGAUUGGGGAGAGGGGAGUCCUGGCUCAUUCUUUGCUUUAGUUAAGAGGGCCCCUUUAGAUCAGGGGUCAGCAAACUUUUUCAGCAGGGGGCCGGUCCAUUGUCCCUCAGACCUUGUGGGGGGCCGGACUGUAUCUUGAAGGGGGAAAAAAUGAACGAAUUCCUAUGCCCCACAAAUAACCCAGAGAUGUAUUUUAAAUAAAAGGACACACUCUGCUCAUGUAAAAACACGCCGAUUCCUGGACCGUCCGCGGGUCCGAUUGAGAAGGCAAUUGGGCCGGAUCUGGCCCCCGGGCCUUAGUUUGCCUACCCCUGCUUUAGAUCUUCCUACAGUAGCCCCAGGAGUUUGUGAUUUGCUCAGUGUACCACGAUUGGCAUAAUAUUUGUGGGCUUUAUAUAUUGAUGAUGAACCUCCCUUGUUAUCUCAGUUUUAUAGAUGUGAUUGAGAGAUUUAGCCCUUAAAUUGCUGGCCAAGGAUUCACGGGCUCAGAAAUAAAUUGUGGGUAUGACCUCAUGUCAAAAUACCUAAUUACUUUUAGGAGGAUUUGGCAUGGGUGUUGAUUUCUCCAUAAAAUUAUUAUUUUACUUUUGCAUGGUAUUGUGAAGUAUACGCUUAAUAAGUUGCUUAUAGUACAACUAGAUGCUGUCACCGUACUGCUGAAGUGAAUCUUCUGGUAGCUAGAAGCAGAUUCCACUGGCAGUCUCUCAGUUGCAACUGUGCUUAAGUGGUGUGUUUCAUUUUAAACAUAGGACCAAAUGCCCCAAACCAAGUUCCACUGGUUUUGGUGGAGGAUGUUUCCAAUGUUUAUGGCGAUACAGACAUUGAACGGAGCAAACAUGUGCACAAAAAGAGGAAACUUGCCGAAGGGAGAGAGAAAACCAUGGUAACGUGUUUCAUUAUUGGCAUAAAUGGGAUGUAAUUUGGCAUAGGGUUUUAGGAUGUGAGUUUGUUCACAAUUAUUCUGUUUGGAAUUUGCAUGUAUCUUUUUUUUUAAUACUUACACAUCACACAAACAAGCAUCGACUAAAACGAACAAACAAUACAAAACAGAAAAAAUGCAAAAACAAAAUUACAAGGAUGUAAACAUAAUAACAUAAUGAAUUUUGGGGUGCAGGGAAGUUAAGCAGUAAAUGAAUGCAAUAUGUGAUAUUGCAGAGCUCACAUGACACAGAAGCUAAGGCAGGUUAUUGUUGGUUUGAGUAAAUAUUUAAGCACUUUUGACAGUUUUCUUGGAACAAGCACUUUUUGAUUCUGGAAUACCUAAAUAAGUGUAUUGGGUUACUUUAGAAGUGGCAGGAAAUAAGUGUAUUUUUACUAUCCUGCCUGCAAAGUCAUUUUGGCUUUUUUUAAAAAAGCAUUGCCAACUUUUUCAAAAGUUUGCUACCAGGAAUCUGGGACUAACUAAUCUUCUACGAACAUACGCUAUGGACUGCCAGUUUUUUACACCGUUAACUCAAAUACAACAUUUAUGUUAGCCUAUUGCUCAGUUUAUUUUUUUUUUAAAUUUUAAAAAAUGUUUUACUUAAGCAUAUUUACAAACAAACAACAAUAAAGUACACACACUUAACCCCCAAAACCAAAGAGAGUAAAGGGAAAGGUAAGAAAGAAAAAAAGGAUGAAGUACCACACCCAUUUGACCCCCCUCUACCAGCACUCGUAAUCUUUGAGUCAUUUAAGUUCUUAUUUACAUUGCAUAUCAUUUAUUGCUGUAAUUACUUCUUUUAUAGUACUAUUACGGUAUAACAUCAAGUCACCUUACAAGCUUAGUCUAAACAGUUUAUUUUGCAUUGGCUUUUGACCAGAGCUCUGAUGACGAGGAUCCUUCUGGGAAGGGGAGAAGCAGGCACAUUACAGUAAAUGCAGCAGACCUUCCAAACGCCGUUGAAGUACAAGAAAGCUUUAGGUUGGCUAGGGAGAGCUGGGAACUUCUCCAUUCUCUUGAAUCUUUGGAUAAAGGUACGUAUGAUGGUGUGCUGACAAGCUUUAUGCUGCUUUGGUUUGUAUGGGGAAACACACACACACACACACACACACACACACACAUAUAUAUAUAUAGAUAGAUACAGAUCUAGAUCUAGAUCUAGAUAUAUAUGGACGCGGGUGGCGCUGUGGGUUAAACCACAGAGCCUAGGACUUGCUGAUCAGAAGGUCGGCGGUUCGAAUCCCCGCGACGGGGUGAGCUUCCCGUUGCUCGGUCCCUGCUCCUGCCAACCUAGCAGUUCGAAAGCACGUCAAAGUGCAAGUAGAUAAAUAGGUACCGCUCCGUCGGGAAGGUAAACGGCGUUUCCGUGCGCUGCUUUGGUUCGCCAGAAGCGGCUUAGUCAUGCUGGCCACAUGACCCGGAAGCUGUACGCCGGCUCCCUCGGCCAAUAAAGCGAGAUGAGCGCUGCAACCCCAGAGUCAGUCACGACUGGACCUAAUGGUCAGGGAUCCCUUUAUCUUUAUAUAUAGAUAUAGAUAGAGAUAUAUAGAUAUAUAUGUAUAUAGGUAUAUAGAUAUAUAGAUAUGCUUCUGGAACUUGACAGUUACAUCAUGUUCCAUCCAGGUCUUGUGCCUUUUGGCCGGGAACUGACAAGUGUCUUUUGAGUCUUUGCUCUACUGUGACUCACGGAAAGCCUUGGUGGAAGCAAAUGGUUCUUCAUUUGCCAGCCUGGUGAUCCCAAAUGAACUGUUGACAUGGGGAGUGGUUGACCCCUUUUUAGAGCAGGGGCUCCCAAACCUUAUUUAUAUGGUUCCCCCCCAAGUAUACACAUCUAUAAUUGUGACUUCCUACAGCAGGUCCAGGAACCAGAUGCAGCCCCCUGGCCCUUUAUUUGACCUUUGAAGCUCUCCCCAGACCACACACCCUCCCAAACUACUCUCCCCAACCCUGCUUUGUACCCUCCUUGAGUGUUUUUGACUGGCUUAAAAGUGUAUUCGACUCGCUCGUCGCUUGACCCUCUUUUGCCUCUGACCUGGGCCCCCACCACUGACAUCUGAACCACCCUCCCUCCACCCUCCUGAAGGCUUUCCAGAACGAAAUAUAGUUCUUGGGCUGCAAGAGGUUCCUCCAUCUCUAUUCUAAAAGAACCAGGUUGUCUAGCAGCACAGUUUGGGUCUAGGCCUGCGAACAAGGUCUGAAGAGUGUUCACUACCAAGUUCAGGCCACUGUAUUUCUGCGCUGUCUUUAUCUGAAGGCUUGCAGAGAGAGCUAAAGCAAGCAAUUGCCCUGAUAUAUUUGCCUGUACAGUGGUACCUCGAGUUACAGACGCUUCAGGUUACAGACGCUUCAGGUUACAGACUCCACUAACCCAGAAAUAGUACCUCGGGUUAAGAACUUUGCUUCAGGAUGAGAACAGAAAUUGCGCGGUGGCAGCGGGAGGCCCCAUUAGCUAAAGUGGUACCUCAGGUUAAGAAAAGUUUCAGGUUAAGAACGGACCUCCAGAACGAAUUAAGUUCAUAACCCGAGGUACCACUGUAAUCCAUUUCAUUUUGCAGAAUUCACAAGAAUCUGUGUGUCAUGGAAGACCGAUACUUGGCUCUGGCUGCGGAUUUUCCUCACAGAUAUGAUCAUCUAUCAGGUAAAAGCUGCAGAUUCCUUCCAUUUUACUGUAAUGCUUAGCCAAGAAUUCUUUUCUGUAGGAACUCAGCCUAAACAAACAAUGGCUGCAUAUUGCCUCUUAAACCUACUGUCAGUGGGAGCACAUGAAGCUCAACUCUGUGUACUUGUGCUCAAGCAUACAAGGUUUGGACUUCAGGGUUCCUGCUUGGGUGUCAUCAGUACUCAGCCCUGUCCCCAGCAGUAGCCAUCAAAAGUUGGGCUGCUCUGAGGAUUGCUGAGGCAAUGUCCUUUAAGUGUUCUGAACCCUCCGAUAGUGGUGUAGAAAUACAGUAAAUAUAGUGCUGGUGUAACUAGCAGCAAAGAGCCAUGAAUCGAGAAUCUCACCUCUUUCAUGAAUUCACCAGGCGCUCUUAGGCAAGCUGUGCUCUCUCAACCUUCAGCUCUUCUUCUGCAAAAUGGGUGUAAUAAUGCUCGCCCUCCUUAAGAAGCUGCUGUAACAAUUACUGAGAGCGCACAUGUAAAUAGUAGUAGUAGUAGUAGUAGUAGUAGUAGUAGUACAGUGGUGCCUCGCAAGACGAAAUUAAUCCGUUCCGCGAGUCUCUUUGUCUAGCGGUUUUUUCGUCUUGUGAAGCAACCCUAUUAGCGGAUUAGCGCUAUUAGCGGUUUAGCGGCUAUUAAAGGCUUAGCGGCUAAAAGGCUAUUAGCGGCUUAGAAAAAGGGGGGGAAGCGAAAAGAAUCUCAAGACUCGCAAGACAUUUUCGUCUUGCGAAGCAAGCCCAUAGGGAAAUUCGUCCUGCGAAGCGCAUCGAAAAACGGAAAACCCUUUCGUCUAGCGGGUUUUUCGUCUUGCGAGGCAUUCGUCUUGCGGGGCACCACUGUAGUAGUAGUAGUAGUAGUCUUGUCUCUAUUCCUAAUGUUAAGCAUGGUGUUUUUUAAACUUAGCUUUAUAGAAAGUGUAGUAUUUUGUUGCCUAGAGACCCCUGAUUUCUGAAAAUGGUCAAAUUAGAGUGAUCCGCCUUUUGUUUCUGUCUCUGGAAAGGGUCAAUAUAAAAAAGCAAUUGCCAGCUUGCAUCACUUAUCGGCUCUGCAGGGAUCUCACUCUCCGCAGCAGAUCCUGGGGCAAGGAUCCCUAGAGAACCAACGAUCCCUAAUCCAGCUUGCAACCUGUCACUUUGCCCUUGGAGAAUACCGUGUAAGUCUCUGUGCUCCUCCUUAAUCUAGCCCGCCUCUUCCCUUUCUUGCUGUUGACCUGCUGCAAAGAGUGGGAUUUAUGGGACAGAGUGCAGGUCUCAGAAAGAUUCUCAACUGGGCUGGGGAUGCCACCAAAACUCUUGUAGUCUUUCCUCCCAUUGGCUCAGAAAAGGGAUGGUGCUACCCCUAUAACUUCUAUAUCAUUGCUUGGAUGUUGCAAGCAAAACUGGGGAGCCUCCUGCUCAAGAUGGGCUAUGCUUCUCACACCAAUUCUGUUUGCAGAAAUCAAGAAGGACCAUUGGCUUCUACAGGCAGCCUGAAUCGACCCCUUAACAAGAUAGUGACAAUCUUAACUGUCUAAUUAUUGCGGCUUAUCUGCUGGCUUGUGUGGGUUCGCUUCUAAAAUCGUUGAUCUUUUUUCUUGUAGUUGACCUGUGAAAAGGUACUUGACCUGAUGUGCUACAUUGUGCUUCCCAUACAAGAAGGGGUUAAGCUUCCGGAAGAGCAGCCUACAGUGAAGUCCAAAUUCAGGAAAGGUACUGGAUUACUUGAUCUCUGAAUAGCAGACAAGAAAACUCAGAAUUAAAAAUUCUAGUGAUCUAGCCCCUAAAUCUGUUCAGAAAAAGUCUGUAGUAACUGCUAAAAAUACACCUUUUCAAAAAAGCCUAAGUACUUCUUUUCUCUUACGUCCCCCUUCCCCCUCCAAUCAAUCAAUCAAUCAAUCAGUCAGUCACUGGGUUAAAUUAUGAUGAUUUGGAUCUCUGUUUUUGUUACGGAUGUUACUGAGUUGGGAAGAAGAGGUGGCACUGGCAAAUUGGGAAUUAUUUUUAAUGGCUAACUGUUGCGACUUGGUUCUUAGCAAAGUCACAGAUUUUGUAAUAAUUAUCAAUCUGUCAUUUGUCUUUAGCUACGGAGUUGAAGCUCUGGCCAUGUACCAGUAAAGCAAUUAUGCCCUAUUGCCUACGGUUAUUGUUAGCUUGUUUUAAGGUAAGCUGUUAUUCCAUUUGUAGUGAGGAAAAUAUGCCUUGUUACCACUUGGUUUCUGGAGUGGAUAGACUUGGUCAUUUCUAUGAUCCUGUUAAGCAGAAUCAUAGAAUUGGAAGGGAAGAUUUUUACCAUCAGUGGGUAAUGGUUACCUAUAUCCACUGAAAGAGCUUACAAGAUUUGGCAAUAAACUUUCUGACUAUGUUUGCUCCAAAUUAACAUUCCCAAUUAUUGUAUUAAUCCUCCCUCAAAAACAGGAAUUUUUUUUUACUGCUUUAUAUGAACUAGCAUAUUGACUAAGAGGCUCUGCUGUGACUUAAGGGAGUCCCCGGUUCAAAGCUUGUAUCCUCCAUGAACCCAACCAGGUGUCCAAGGCAAGCCACAGUACCCCAUCUGAAAUAUCAUGAUAAUACUAGUGGUCUACUUUACAGUGUUGCUGCAGUUGUGCCCAGUUCUGGGCACCACAAUUUAAAAAGUAUAUUGAAAGGCUGGAAUGUGUGCAGAGGAGGGUGAACAAGAUGAUCAAGAGUCUGGAAACUUAUGAGGAACAGUUGAGGGAAUUGGGUAUGUUUAGCCUGGAUGAGGGACACGGGUGGCGCUGUGGGUUAAACCACAGAGCCUAGGGCUUGCCAAUCAGAAGGUCGACGGUUCGAAUCCCCGCGACGGGGUGAGCUCCCGCUGCUCGGUCCCUGCUUCUGCCAACCUAGCAGUUUGAAAGCACGUCAAAGUGCAAGUAGAUAAAUAGGUACCGCUCCGGCGGGAAGGUAAACGGCGUUUCCAUGCGCUGCUCUGGUUUGCCCGAAGUGGCUUAGUCAUGCUGGCCACAUGACCCGGAAGCUGUACGCCGGCUCCCUCGUCCAAUAAAGCAAGAUGUGUGCCGCAACACCAGAGUCAUCCACGAAUGGGUGGAAUGGUCAGGGGUCCCUUUACCUUUACCUAGCCUGGAUGAGAGGAAAUUUGAUAACAAUCUUCAAAUAUCGUAAAAGGCUGUCACAAUGUGGGUGGAGGAAGCUUGUUUUCUCCUGUUCCAGAGAGUAGGAAUCAAACCAACAGUUUCAGUUUACAAGAAAGGGAGAUUCUGACUAAACAUCAGGAAGAAAUUUCUGACAGUGGGAGCUGUUCGACAGUAGAACAGGCUCCCUCAGAAGGUGGUGGACUCUCCUUUUUAAGAAGAGGUCUCUCAUGUCUGAUCUAGUUGAGAUUCCUGCAUUGCAGGGGGUUGGACUAGAUGAACUUUGGGGUCCCUUCCAACUCCACAAUUCUAUGAAUUAUUGAGAUGACACAAAUUACUUUGAAUGCUAAGUGGUGGUGUUGUGUCACAAGUCUCUAAAGUCUGCUUGCGACUGAUUCAGCCUCAUUCCAAAAGCCAAACAUGUACCGUAUUUUUCGCUUUGUAAGACACACCAGACCAUGAGACGCACCUAGUUUUUGGAGGAGGAAAACAAGAAAAAAAAUAUUCUGAAUCUCAGAAGCCAGAACAGCAAGAGGGAUCACUAAGCGGUGAAAACAGCAAUCCCUCUUGCUGUUCUGGCUCCUGGGAUAGCUGCGCAGCCUGCAUUCGCUCCAUAAGACGCACACACAUUUCCCCAUACUUUUUAGGAGGGAAAAAGUGAGUCUUAUAGAGCAAAAAAUAUGGUAUUUUUGGAGAUUCUGAACAGUUCCUUGAACUUGUAGGUUCUGUUCUGCCAGCCGUCUACAUUGACAUGCUGCUUAGACCAGUGCUUUGUGGAUAGAUAUGAAUGUCGUAAUCUGUAGCCUGGCAGAAUCUCAGGAAAUGAGAUUCACAUGCAAAAUGGGAAGCAACUCCUCUUAAGUGUCUCUGCAUUUUCCCCCUUGCAGCUGAGAGCUUUCACAGACAACAGAGACGAUAUGGCAUUGGGUCACGUGAUUGUGUUGCUGCAGCAGGAGUGGCCAAGGGGAGAAAACCUUUUCUUGAAAGCAAUUAACAAAAUCUGCCUACAAGGAAACUUCCAGUAUGAAAAUUUUUUCAACUAUGUUACAAGUAUCCUUUUUCCAAAAAUGCCAUGAGACCAGCUUAACCAUUCAGGAAGCUAACAGUUUCAGAAUUUCCCAAGAGAAGAGGGGUCUGAUCUUAGAAAAGGUGGGGUAGAGGUCUAAUGGAAUGGAAUUUAAGUUUUAUAAUAGCUGGGAAAGGAAGGGGCAAUGGAGCAGGAGGAAAGAGAGAGACUCAGGAGAAUGGUGAUAAACAUUUAGGAUGGCACAGGGGCCCAGACACUUCUGUUUGUGGGACAACCUGUUCAUGGGAACUAUGGCAUGUGUUAACUGCUGGAUACCUUUAAGUGUAAAAAGUUCCCUCCCUAUUGCAAGACUGGUCAAUGUGCCGCAGCCAACACUGUACUAGCUUAUUACAUCAAAAGACAAAUUAAAUCCAUCCAUUUGCAUACAGUUAAUAAAGGGGAAACAUAAAGUGAUUUACUAGGACAAUAACAAGGAACAGGAUUUUGAAGAUCACUUGCAAAACACAUCGUAAUACUUUUUUCUGUGUUCAAAUCUUUCCUUUUUGGACCUGAACAAUUGCUCCAGAUAUUGAUAUGCUGGAAGAAUUUGCCUAUUUAAGAACACAAGAAGGAGGAAAAAUUCACUUGGAAUUGUUGCCAAAUCAGGGAAUGUUGAUAAAGUAAGAAGACUAUUUUUUCCAAUUUUAGAGUUGAUGAGAAUAUAAUUUAUGUGAUGUGGCUAGUUAAAGCAGUGUACGUACUGGAAAGCAUCCGACUUAAGUUGAUAGGUCUGUGUUUGUUGUACAUUUAAAAUUCCAGGUAAGCAGGCAACUAAAUGCAUGCAAUAUAUUGGGGAAAUGGGAAUUUUAAACUUAUUUUUGGCAUUGGAAUCAACUGUGGGUGAGCUAGUCAGUGCAGUGGGACUGUGUGAAGCCUGGCCAGUAAGUGCUGAGUCUCUGCAGGGCUGUAAAAACUUAAGUGGCUUAGAGGGGAAAAUGUUUCAAACUGUGGCACAAUGCUAGGGAGAUGGUAUGUCGUAGCCACAUAGAUUAUUGUCAAGCAGACUGCUCCAUUUAAUAUAGAGGGCAGAAUCGCAAGACCUUUUGUCUAAAAGCGUAUAGUCUUCCAUGAUUGUAACAAUGAAGAGCAGGUAACAAAUAAUUUUAAGCAAUUGCAAAGUCAGCAGCUGGUUAGUCCAGGAAUCUCAAAUGAGAGUUCUGUCAUGGUGAAAUCCCCAGGUGGGUUGAUAACUGGAAACUGCUACAUUCCCUUUCCAUAGAUUGCACAAAACAGGUCACAAAAAAACCCUGUAAGCUCAGCUAUAUUGUUUCAGGCUGUUGAAUGAAUGGCUUUUAUCCAUUUUUAACUUUUCCUAUGAGGGAAAAGUUAUUUUGCCUCUUUAGUUCUAUAAGGGUAUGAUGACUGUUUCAGAGUGUAUCCCAACUUCGGCAGGUGUGGGUUAUGUGAGUCCUAUGAUAUUUGGGGUACCAAAUCCAGUGGCAUGUUCCCUGGUAGCUCUAUAAACAUCUUCCUGUGUCCAGUCUCUUUCCCUUGCCUCCUGUUCAUAUUCCUUUCAGCCACAAUUGUGGCUUCUCUCAUUUUUUGAUUUUUUUGGUAUACCUGAAUGUCCAUCAGCUGAUGUUUCUCAGUACCUGACACGUGCCUGGGUGAAUUUGAGAAAGUGACCAUUCAUUUGAGUAGAAAUAUUCAGAAAUUCAUGGCAGCCCUGAAAUGGCUCCGCACAUUGGCAGUCAAAGGGUAGCAUGGAAUUUGUUCCCUAGGAUGGACACAGGGAGCAUCCCAUGGGAAUGAGGGUGAGGGGAGCUUGGGGUAGCAAUCAGUCCACUAGUCUCUGACAGGGGAGAAGCAAGGCAAUCUCCGAAAAAGGGUGACAGCUUAGUAGCAUGCCUCGGCUGAUGACAACAAUCUCACAAGGCGUCAGUCCUCAUAGGUGUUCAUAUCUCUGAGAGAUUUGGAUAAAUGAUCAAGACAGAGAAGGGAAGAAAUAAUAAUGGAGAGAGGAUCUGGCAGAAGCUCACUAUUUAUUUAUUUUUUAAAGUGCCUUAGAGUCUCAGGAUGCUGAAUUAUGAGUUUGUAUGGUAGAUACAGGGACGCAGGUGGCGCUGUGGGUUAAACCACAGAGCCUAGGACUUGCCGAUCAGAAGGUCGGCAGUUCGAAUCCCCGCCAUGGGGUGAGCUCCCAUUGCUCGGUCCCUGCUCCUGCCAACCUAGCAGUUCGAAAGCACGUCAAAGUGCAAGUAGAUAAAUAGGUACCGCUCCGGUGGGAAAGUAAACGGCAUUUCCGUGCGCUGCUCUGGUUCGCCAGAAGCGGCUUAGUCAUGCUGGCCACAUGACCCGGAAAAACUGUCUGCGGACAAACGUUGGCUCCCUCGGCCAGUAAAGCGAGAUGAGCGCCGCAACCCCAGAGUCGGCCACGACUGGACCUAAUGGUCGGGUCCCUUUACACAAUGCCGUGAACUUCACUUGCUGAUGUCAAAAUUGAUGCUGAAGCUUCUUAGGAUGUGGAGGGGCGGCACCAGUGUGCCCAUUGGAGCAAGAGGUCACAACCCAGCCCAUCUGAACAUACGUGCUUUUGGGGAAAGGGGAUACAGCACACUGCUACCCAAAAGAUGGGCAGGAGCAAUCUUUACUUUCCAUUAGGUAAUGGAAGCCACUUGCUGAUGAGGGCAGCAGAUCAAGAAUAUUGUUUCCACACCUGUUUUCCUCCGCCCCAAUAUGCAGUGAAAUGAAAUGCAUGGUUGGUUAUCAAUAGCAUUUUGGUUAUCAAUAAGUGAAUCAGGGCAAGAAAGGGGUAAUUCCUCUAGCUGUGAAAGCACGGCUAGCAGACUUGCAAAAGGAGACACCCUCCACCUUCCGCUUGGGAGCAGGAACCCUUUUGCUGCUCCCAGACAGCAGCAAUGUUAGAAAUGAACAAUCUCCCGCUUUCUCCGUCUGUGGCGUGAGACAGUUCUCUCUUCCUGCCAAGCUAUGCCUGCUUUCUUCCAUCUCCCCACCUGAAAGGAUGAGAAAGGGAAGGGAGUCCAACCUGUGGUUCAUGCCAAGAUUGGUUCUUCCCACAGCUGCCUGGGGAGGAAAAGAGCAAGUUGAGGGCCACACGACUGCUUGGCAAGGCCCCCUGGGGGAGGGAGACCCUGAUAGUGGCUGGGGAGGAGUUAUCCUGGUAGAGAAGUAUGAAUCUGCUCACAAUUAUGAUUAGUCAUCUGUCCGAGACCUGUCUGCUGCAAAGGAGGUCCUCACCAUCUGAUUCCACCACCCUUGAUGCCUUGGAGCAGGCAUAGGCAAACUCGACUCUCCAGAUGUUUUGGAACUACAACUCCCAUCAUCACUAGCUAACAGGACCAGGGGUCAGGGAUGAUGGGAGUUGUAGUUCCAAAACAUCUGGAGGGCCGAGUUCGCCUAUGCCUGCCUUACAGGUUAUUACCGUAUUUUUCGCUCUAUAAGACGCACCAGACCACAAGACGCACCUAGUUUUUGGAGGAGGAAAACAAGAAAAAAAUAUUCUGAAUCUCAGAAGCCAGAACAGCAAGAGGGAUCGCUACGCAGUGAAAGCAGCAAUCCCUCUUGCUGUUCUGGUUUCUGGGAUAGCUGUGCAGCCUGCAUUCACUCCAUAAGAUGCACACACAUUUCCCCUUACUUUUUAGGAGGGAAAAAGUGAGUCUUAUAGAGCAAAAAAUACGGUACUUCUGGAAGCUGCCUGGCGGAUUAACCAGGCGGUGGAUUAAUUGGGUGGUAAGGAAGGGUGUUAGGGACGCGGGUGGCACUGUGGGUUAAACCACAGAGCCUAGGACAGAUGGUUGGCGGUUCGAAUCCCCACGACGGGGUGAGCUCCCGUUGCUCGGUCCCAGCUCCUGCCGACCUAGCAGUUUGAAAGCAUGCAGUGCAAGUAGAUAAAUAGGUCCCGCUCCGGCGGGAAGGUAAACGGCGUUUCCGUGCGCUGCUCUGGUUCACCAGAAGCGGCUUAGUCAUGCUGGCCACAUGACCCGGAAGCUGUACGCCAGCUCCCUCGGCCCAUAAAGCGAGAUGAGCGCCACAACCCGAGAGUCGGCCACGACUGGACCUAAUGGUCAGGGGUCCCUUUACCCUUUAAGGAAGGGUGUUGCAGCCUCUCUUGCCAAGAUUAAGUGCCUAGUGCACAGAAGGGAGAGGUGUUUUCAGUCCCAGCUCCAACCCUUCCUCCUGUUCCACUUCCCUGCCCCAGUUGAGGUGAAAGGGCAGGAGCUAUGAGCAGCCUCACCUUUCUUCCUGCCCACUAGAUAAUCAUGCCCUGAGCCCCAGUAAUAGAUAGCACACCUUUCCCCCAUGGCCCUACUGCAAGGGACCUGUCACAGUCCAUCCCGUUACGCUAGAAGAGGAUGUCCUCGGGAGCAAGACACAGAAGACUUGCACUCUGUCUUUAUCACCGGAGUCAGGAGUCAAUUCUGCCAAACUUCUCCCCAUCUCUUCUAUCCCAAGAAGAAAUAUGUGUCACGGAAACGUCAUGCCAAAUGUACACAUGACAUUCUGACUGUCUCAAACCCAGAUCCCGGGGGUUAAAAUUGCCAGAUCAAGUAUUAGAGAGAUAACUGAAUGGGUACAGAUCAGUCUUUCUCUGCCAGUGAAUAAUGUUGCCUGCUCCGUCCCUAGCACAGCUACACCACCCACCUUGAGCACCAGUUCCCUUCUGGAAGCUAACGAGGUGACAGCAACCUGUGCUGUGGGUUAAACCACAGAGCCUAGGGCUUGCCGAUCAGAAGGUCGGCGGUUCGAAUCCCCGCGACGGGGUGAGCUCCUGUUGCUCGGUCCCUGCUCCUGCCAAGCUAGCAGUUCGAAAGCACGUCAAAGUGCAAGUAGAUAAAUAGGUACCGCUCCAGCAGGAAGGUAAAUGGUGUUUCUGAGCGCUGCUCUGGUUUGCCAGAAGCGGCUUAGUCAUGCUGGCCACAUGACCCGGAAGCUGUACGCCAGCUCCCUCGGCCAAUAAAGUGAGAUGAGCGCCGCAAUCCCAGAGUCGGCUACGACUGGACCUAACGGUCAGGGGUCCCUUUACCUUUACUUUAUUGGAUAGAUGCCUUUGCCUCUGAUGCUGCCUUUUGGUAGCAGGUUCUGUGUAGCCAAGGUACAGUGGUACCUCGAGUUACAAACACCUCAGGUUACAAACGCUUCAGGUUACAAACUCCGCUAACCUGGAAGAGUUAACUCGAGUUGAGAACUUUGCCCCAGGAUGAGAACGGAAAUUAUGUGCCAGCGGCAGCAAGAGGCCCCAUUAGCGAAAGCACGCCUCUAGUUAAGAAGAGUUUCAGGUUAAGAACGGACCUCCGGAACGAAUUAAGUUCGUAACUAGAGGUAACACUGUAUAGUUGUCCUGACCUGAGGUUCCAGCAUGGCUUUUCACAUCCCUUGUUGACUAAUUUGGGCUUACUAUGGGUUCCCUUCUGGCUAGCAGACUAACCCACCCAGAUCCAUGUUCUGGGGUGGAUCGUGAUCACAUGAGUAGUUGCCCUAGAAUAGGACAGUUUCUGACUCCAUUGAGUUCCUUCUGCCUCUGCACUUUUCAGUUGCAGCCUGUUACCUCGGGCUGGAUCUGAUCUUUGUUGAAGCUUUUGUGCCAGGCAUUUGGAUUUGAGGAAGUGGCCCUGCUGUUAUAUUCUGAGAACCAGAGUUCCCCUCUCCAGAAGGGCAUAAAAUUCUGCCAGCUGUCCCUUCAGCUGAAACAAGUUAUUCCUUGUGUGUCUGCUGACCACAAGGGAACUUCAUGCGGGUCUAAUUUCCUGAUUGUCCGCAGGGCUAUAGCAACGGCAUUCCCCUUAGGUCAAAUUUAUGUUGAAAUAAAGCUGAUUUUGUUCUUUUAUCUUCCAUGAAUUAUCGGGGGUUGGCAGCGCAUCUGUAGUGAAGCAGAAUGGAAAAGAUUCUGAAAUGUCUAUCAAAGCACAUCCCGCCAACUUAAUCUAAUUAUAUAUUGGAUGAAGAAGAAAGCAGGCUAACUUGUGGUUCUGAUUCAUGUUUGCUGCUGGUGUUUUAAGAGGCUCACCAGAAUUGCAAGCUCAUCCCGUCAGGGAGACACUCUGCGCACUCCCCACCCUUUCCCUCUGCCUUUACAAAAAGCUUAGUUGCCCCAUCUCUGGAGGCCUUUGGAUAAUUCCCCUUUGGUUAGUUUAAAUGAUUGUGGGAAAUAUAUUUUCUUCUUGAUUAAAAUGCACCAAAUACAACCAUUUGGGCCAAAUCCCCCCCCCCCUUACUUUGAGGCAUCUCUCAAUCUUUUAUCUGCUUGACUUGCAUCUCCUUGAAGUUACUGUAGCUUUUUGCUUUGUAACAUUAACACUUAAGCUGGAAAAGGAUUCAAUAAGCCAAAUAUGGGAGCUGCUCUCGUCUGUACCUUAAGUUGUGAAAACCAAAACGAACAGCAAAACUUAAGUGGCAUCCUGUAACAGUUAAUGCGCCCAGAGUAUGUACUCUAUUUAAAUUUAAAUAUAUGUUUGCAAAAAGCGAUCCCUGGGGCUUUAUAGCAGAACAAACCCAAUUGCUGCUUAUGGACCCAUGGCCAAAGUAAAUUCCCCAAUGCAGUUGUGCGUAAGGAUGCUUCUCCCCUAGCCAGAAAAUCUUUAACCAUUUCUUUUCCAGUCCAUUUUCUCCAAAAACUACCACGUCUCCCCUCCCCACAGUUGCAGACCUGUGUGUGGAGAAAAGACUACCAAAGGAAAGGAAUAAACACCCACUGCUGCUUCUCUGGUCCUCCCUGGGAGGCUUUGCAAAGAAGAAGGGGAUAGCAGGACUUUAUUAUUCACUUUAACGUGCAUAAGCAUUUGCUGGGACUCCAGGCUAAAAUGUUGCUACAUCCGCAGAGGAACAUAAUGCAGGAAUUAUUUUGCCACAGUUCGCAAUUCUUUGUAAAUACAACAUAUUAUGUAGUUCAUAUUAUGCCGUUGGUUUUUUGUUUUUUAACUUGCAGUGGCUUCUCCAAUACUGCAUUUGGGAGCCCCAAGCCUACUGGAUUUAGUUUGUUUUGCUUUCCUAAUCCCAAACGAAAGAUCCAUUGUGUGCCUUCAGGACUAGGGUUUGGGCUCUUGGUCUGCAGCCCCUUUCCUCUUUUCUGUGUCUAGUUCUCUGGAGCGUUGAUUUUUGUAGCACAGGGGAAGUUGGUGUGAGUAUUUGAAUGCUGCUGUUUGCUGUUUUUUAAAGGACUUCUAGCCCUCCGCUGGGGUUACUGCAGCAGGAAUUCAUGCCUGUACUACAGCCCAGCAUGCAGACUGCUGACAGGUACCAAGCAGGGGACUUACCCUGCUCAUAGUGUGCUGUCUUUUUUGUCAAUAUGUUUUACUGCCCAUGGUUAUCAGCCCUUUGUUAACUCAGUAGUUUUUAUCCAUGCUUUUGUUCUCCAUUUGUGCCUUACAUCACUUGGAAAGCCAUCUUUUUACAGUUGUUAACAUUUUUGUUGUUUUUCCAUAAGUUACCGGCACAUGUAUGUUACUCUAUUUUUAAAUGGGUCUCUCUACAACCAAACAAGAAUGGUGCCCCAGGUAGAUUUUUGUGGACAGUCCAGUCUGUUAUUUUAUUCAAAUACUCCAAUUUGGGUAAAGAAGCCCCUCCCAAUUGUUAAAUAUGUUAAUUAUGCUGCUAGGUUCUCUUGCCUUUUACCCUCACCUGUACUUGCUUGCUUCUGUUUUCUUUGCCUCUAAGAUCUGGAUUUUUUUGGCCAUCAGCAGUUAAAAAUUCCAUCCUAUGCACAUUUCUGCUAAUAAUCCUUCAGUACUGCAAAAAUAUGUUGGCCGUUUUCUGUCUGCAGUUUGCACAGGAAUAGGAAGUUAGUCCCCACCUCUCAAAACGUUGCUUGGGCAAGAUGGAAGCACUGAAAAAGCAGGGCGUAAUACCGUUUAAAAUACUAGGUUUUUGGGGGGGGAGCAAGUCUCAUUCAAUAGGACUUACUUCUGAGUAGACAUGGUCAGGAUUAUGCUGCAAGGUGUGCAGGGGUUAAAGUUAUUUUCAAUCUAGUUAGAUGAAUUUACUUAAUGAAGCCAUCUUUUUCAGGGGGUGCACACACUUAUAUCCACUUGUUGUGGGGUAGUGUGUAUUGGAUUUUGGGUAAAGAUUGUCACAAUAACAUAUAAGUUUAGGUGAUAUACAAGUCCUGCCUGCUGCCUGUGUCCCAUUCUUAUUUUGGAAGUCUCUGCAAUGUCCUACUUAGCACAAGGCAAGCUGUAGCAGUGUUUAGUAGAUGUGUAGCUGUUAGGCUCUAACAGUUCCUUCUCUUAUUGACAUCCUGAUUCCCAAUCCAUGGAAUGAACCCUUUUUGCUUGUUUUAAUAGCCGUGGAAGGCACAUCUUCCCCUUCCCUCCCAAAUUGCUUGAAAAUUAGUGGGUCAGUUGCAGCAGCAGGGGGAGCAAAUUCCAUUCUCAUAUGCUGAUGGGGCAGUUUUGCAGCUCUCGGGGCUGUAGUAGUAUUUGUUAAAGAAGCUUAGUGUUAUGACCAAUAAUAAUGGGACAGUUGAUUUCUCUGGCCUUACUGGGCUUCAAAUGAAUUUCUCCGAGAGAGAGUUAGUCUUUGGGCAGGGAUCAGAUUAGUUGCUAACAUCUCCAACUUUCUGCAAUUGCAUGAUGCUCAUUUCUUAAUCUGUUUUUACCUUGCCUUGGGCGAACAACUUACGCUGGCAAAGCACCUUGUGUUGGUUCUUUCACUAUUUGACACACCAACAUGAAAAUACCAUUCGUAGCAGUUGUUCUUUUAUACAUGAAAAAUCCUUGAAUCUCCCUUGCUAGGGUGUUGCCCAGAGGUUUAAAAAUCAGGCGGAGAUUUGUUGUAUAAUUUUGUGAUAAAAGUAUGGCAUUCCUGGAGAACAGGACUUUUUUUUCUUAAUGAAUGUUCUUAGAAAGGCUAAGCUGGGAAGCUAGGUUCCACAAAAACCCACACAGAAUGCAAAAAUAUUUAAAUGGAAAUGGUAGCUCCAUGCCGUUUUAAUUAUUUUGUGUAUUAUAAUUGCAGGCAUCACACAGUUACCAGGGGAAUAACCAAAGGCGUAAAGGAGGAUUUCCGCCUGGCAAUGGAGCGCCAAGUGUCGCGCUGUGGGGAAAAUCUGAUGACCGUGUUGCACAGAUUCUGCAUCAACGAGAAGAUCUUGCUCCUUCAGACGCUGACCUGAGUACCAUGAACUUUCUACUGGAACAUCUUGCUAAGGACAGGCAAGCAGAGUAGAGAGCCAUGUGGUUGCCUUGAUGCCGGACUGGAAUUCCCCUGAAAUCCAUAGCUCAGCUUGCUGAAUGAGUGCUAGUUGAGCAUGGUUAACUAAAGUCUCAAUGGGUGGUUCAUACCACCAAAACUUCAAGCACCAUUCAGUAAAACCUUUGAGCUGUGUACUGUAAAUAAAAAGGUUUUUUUAAAAUGCAUUUGAAAGUUAAGUUUUUGAUAAAAGGUGCUGGGUUUCAGCCUUAAACUCUCAGACUCCUGGAGCCCCUUCC